AUGGUUCUUAUUGAGUGCAAGCGUUUACCAAAGGAUGAGUAUAGUAAGGACUAUGACGUAUUUCUAGUGUCCAUGCCUGGAAGUACAAACAUUGGUGAAGCGACGGAUGCACUUCAAAAAAUGCGCAACACUCGGGUGCGUAUAAAAUGGAUGUGUGCGGCAGCGAAGCAGCUUGCAAAAGAUUUCUGCUCGGAUGAGCAAAAGCACCACCUGUUGGGGGCUGUAGAGGAUGCAGAGCGCUACAUGGCCAUUGAGCGAGCAGAAAAUCGUCAGUUGUGCUCUCAGGAAGACCUAGACGCCCAUAUUGCAGCCUUCAAGGGAAGUGCGAUGAUUUUGUUCCCGGCGGAAUGCAGUGGCACCGACGCCGUGAAACGGCUGGCCCUCGUUCUUGAUGAUGAAAACACAACUGAUUUGGAGCGCUCGAAGGCGCACCGCCUUUUGAGUAUCAUCGACGAUGGUGCCGCUACUGAGGAUAUUCUCCAAGGACCAGCGGUAAUGUGGUGGAGUGGUAAGCCACUUGAUAGAAAUGCAGAUUUUACCAAGUAUGUCGGAAAGAAUGAAAAAACAAAAAUAACGAUGAAGCUGGCGGCCAAGGAUGCACCUCCGCCACCACGCGAACCGGCUGUGGACGCCAAAACACAGUCAGAGAUGAUGGCUUUCUACUUUAAAAAGCAGGAAGAAAUGAAGAAACUCAUUGAAGACGAGGACCUCACCUAUGGUAACAGUGCUUGGGCGGAUCCCCGUGGGCUGAGGUCACAGUUGCACGGUUUCGAUGGAGUUAAGUACAAACCUGGGUAA